CAUUCAACGCGGAAACGCAGGCGGGCACACUACACUUACCGAGCGAUGCGCAGCGAUAUUACCGUCGAUGUUUUUCCAGCUAGCGUUAGUAACAAAAAGAAAUUGGAACGUUUUAUUGAUGGCGCGAUAAGUGGAAAAAACAAUUGUUGAGCUUGGCGGAAUACAAUAGUUUAUAUACUAGUGCGAAAUACAAAAUCCAUUCAAACAGUGCAACGGAGAACCCAUAAAAAAACAAACAAUACACUGACAGCAGCAGCGCACGGCAGCAGGCAGCCGAAAAUCGACGCAAUUAAAUCGCUUCUAAAAUAGCUUCUAAAAGCCCCGUAAAAAUAGCAAAAUAGUGACUCUGGUCCAGCAACCAAUGUGAAUACUCCAACUCCGCCGACAAGUGGCUUACGCAUGCCUUUGAAUUCGCAUUUUUGCCUCCGCACAGCAGCAGCAGCCAACAAAAGCCAUUGCCGAAAAUCCUAUGGAUGACCCAUCGAUAAAAAAACUGUUAAUAGACUUGUAUGCAGACGAACAUGAAUACGAUGAAGUUCAGGAGCUGCCAGAAGAGUCAAGCAUUCAGCCCCCGGAGUCAUCUACAUCAGCGAACAACAGCAAUCCAAGCACGAACGGCGCCACUAGCUCAGGCAGCCAACCUGGGACAGUCACCGGAACUGCAACUGGAGCAGGAACAGCAGGCCCAUCGGCAUCAGUUGCAUCAGCACCAGCACAAGCCAUUGUGGUGGAUUCGGUUCCCGAGUUGCCAGCGCCCAAGCAGAAAUCUGUAAAGAAUUCCAAGAACAAACAGAAACAGAAGCAGUCGGCCAACAAGUCGAAAAUACCACGUUCCCCGUCGCUGGCGAGCAGCUUGAGCAGUCUGGCCAGCAGCCUGAGUGGUCAUCGGGACCGGGACAAAGAUCGGGACAAGGAUCGGGAUAAGGAUAAGGAGAACCACAACCAGAGUUCCGUGCCCCCGCAGACGCCGCCGUUGCCAGCGAGCUACAAGCAGAGCCAGAUGAAUGGUGACACGACCAUAGCAACAGCUGCAGCUGGUGGCAGCGGUGGUGUUUCUGCACCAGCUACGCCCACAUCCCACAACAACAACCACAGCAAUGCAGCAGGCAAUAUUGGCAGCAACAAUAACGGCAGCAUAAUGGGCGGGGAUACCAGCACCAAUCCCGUUCUCCAGGCGCCGCCCGGGGAGCGCAGUAGUCUCAACCUGACACCCCUUAACCGGGAGCUCCAUUCCCAGGAGCCCACGACGCCAUCUACGACGCCAACGACGCCGAGCCUAGCAUUACCAAAAAAUUUUCAGUAUUUAACUUUGACUGUGCGCAAGGAUGGCAACGGAUAUGGAAUGAAGGUUUCCGGCGACAAUCCUGUGUUCGUGGAAAGCGUCAAGCCAGGCGGAGCAGCUGAGGUUGCCGGUCUCGUUGCCGGCGAUAUGAUACUAAAGGUGAAUGGACAUGAAGUGCGACAGGAGAAGCACCCAACAGUUGUGGGUCUCAUCAAAGCCUCCACAACCGUUGAACUGGCGGUGAAGCGCAGUCAAAAAGUAACGCGACCCACUUCGGUGUCUGUAGUGACUACUCCCCAAACCCCCAUUCUUUCUGGACGAGAUCGUACUGCAUCCAUAACUGGACCGCAGCCGGUGGAUAGCAUUAAGCGCCGUGAGAUGGAAACGUACAAGAUCCAGACGCUGCAGAAAAUGCUGGAGCAAGAGAAACUGAACCUGGAGCGUUUGAAGAGCGAUCCGAACAAUCCCAGCUACAAGCUAUCGGAGGCGAACAUCAAGAAGCUGCGGGAGCAGCUCCAUCAAGUGGGAGCCGAGGACGCACCGACCGUUAAGCUGCAGUCAGCCGCCGGCAAUAAGAAUACCGCCUUACUAACGCCCAAUCAAAUCCAACACUUGUCUGCGUCCGCCACUCACAACAAUCAGCAAUUCCAUCAUCUUCACCACCACCACCACCACCACAAUCUCCACAACAACAACUAUCCGCCACAGCAACAGCCAGCGCCAACUAGCACUUCACCCGCAUUCCUCUCCCUUCUGCCGCGUUCCCUCUCGUCCCUGUCGCUGGGCACGCGUAAGAACAAAAUUGAAAAGGACUUUGGCGGAGCCUCUUCGCCGUUUGGCCUAACGGCGGACUUCCUGCAGCAGCAGCGGCUGAGCCAUCAGGCAGAGUCCAUGUCGCAGUCGCUGCACCAGCACUCUUCAACGCCCACCUCGCAUCCCUUUCACCUGCAUCAGCAGCAGCAGCAGCAACAACGAUUCAAAGAAUCCGGUUCAUCGUCGUCAAAGGGCAUGAAUAAAUUCCUUAUUUCAAAGAGUCUGAUCGAGGAGGAUGUGCCUCCGCCACUGCCACAAAGGAAUCCGCCCAGGCAGCUGUUGUUGGACCUGAAGAAUGGCAAUGCCUCGCCAGGUGGUGGCGGUCAUCUUAUGGCUCCUGUUUCCGAUCUGGAUCGUGCCACCAGUCCGCAGAUGAACCGAUCGCCGAACAGCACUGACAAUAGUCCCAGCAGCAAUGCCAAGUCCAAGCGUUCCAAGGCCAAGGCAAAGGCCCUAUCCGACCCCAAGAUGUCCACGCAGAUGUUCUUGCAAAUGGAAUCGUCUGCCAGUGCGGCGGGAGGAGCCGCCGGUGGAUCUAUUGAAGUGGAUGGAGGACCGCCGCCGUUGCCACCUCGAUUGCCAGGCAUGAUGACGGAGGAUAUGAGCCGGGGUAGCUGCCAGAAUCUCGCCCAGCCCAACUCGAUGGGUAGCAGCGCGUUCAAUUAUCCGCUGGUGGCCACCACAACGGCGGUGCAGAGCGACAACCUAAAGAAUGCCUUUCCGCUGUCCCAGCGGCCCAACAUUGUCCAGCACCUGCAGCAAUAUCAACAGCAGCAGCUGCAGCAUCAAAUGAGCGGUGGCCAGGCCACAGCAGCAUUGGGACAGACACCGAAAUUGGCCAAAAAUAAGCAUCGACGCGUUGGCUCUUCGCCGGAUAACAUGCAUCCAAGACAUCCCGAUCGUUUAACGAAAACCACUUCUGGCUCUUGGGAGAUUGUCGAAAAGGACGGUGAAGCCUCUCCGCCAGGAACACCGCCGCCGCCUUACUUGUCGCACAGCUCGCACAUGACCGUGGAGGAGGAUCCGAACGAGAACUGUCACGGAGGAGCUGCAGCUGGAGGAGGCAUCUUCAUUGAGUCACAUCAGUUUACUCCGAUGGCAGCCGGGGCCUCGUCUCCCAUGUCGCCGAUGUCCCUACAUUCCAGCCAUAAUAUCCACGCUGCCCAGUCGAGCGACACGCAGAAGGAGAUCCUCUCGAUGGAGGACGAGAACUCGUCGGAUUUGGAAGAGCCCUUUAUUGACGAGAACGGGCCGUUUAACAAUCUGACUCGCUUGCUGCUGGCGGAAAACGUUACCUUCCUGGCCAUCUUCCUAAACUAUGUGGUUUCCAACUCGGAUCCAGCGCCACUUCUCUUUUACCUGAUCACCGAGCUGUACAAGGAGGGCACUCCCAAGGAUAUGCGGAAGUGGGCCUACGAGAUUCACUCCACUUUCCUUGUGCCGCGCGCUCCUUUGUCGUGGUAUCGCCAGGAUGAAUCGCUGGCCCGCGAGGUGGAUAAUGUGCUGCAAUCAGAGUUCGACAAGGGGGAGAUGCUACGCAGCGUAUUCCUGCGCAGUCGCAAGCGGGCCAAGGAUCUAAUUAGCGAACAGCUGCGCGAGUUCCAACAGAAACGCACCGCUGGUUUAGGCACUAUCUAUGGUCCCACGGAUGAUAAACUGGCCGAGGCAAAGACGGAUAAGCAGAAGGAGCAAAUCAUUGACAAGUAUUUGCUGACUAAGCUGCAAGCACUGAUCGAUGAGGACGGUGUACCACCGGAGGAUGUUCGUAAAGUUGCCCUGUGCUCUGCCUUUUCCACGGUCACGUAUCGCAUCUUCAUCUCCCGUCCGCCACCGAGCAGCGUUGUGGAGCGCGUUCAUCACUUUGUAAGCCGCGACAAGAGCUUCAAGUCGCGUAUUAUGGGAAAAAAUCGUAAAAUGAGUGUCCGUGGUCAUCCAUUGGUAUUGCGUCAAUACUAUGAAGUGACGCACUGCAAUCAUUGCCAGACGAUUAUCUGGGGUGUGAGUCCGCAGGGUUAUCAUUGUACAGACUGUAAAUUGAAUAUACACCGUCAUUGCUCUAAAGUCGUUGAUGAGAGCUGUCCCGGGCCACUACCCCAGGCGAAACGUCUUGCCCAUAACGAUAAAAUCAGUAAAUUUAUGGGGAAAAUUCGACCGCGCACUAGCGACAUUAUUGGCAAUGAAAAACGCAGUCGGCAAGAAGAGGAGAUGGAUAUGAAGUUGACACCAGACCGCAGCCAGGCUUCGAUUGUGCGCCAGCCAUCUGAUCGACGUCCGGAUGCCAAUAUAUCGAUACGAUCGAAUGGGAACAACACAUCCUGCAACACUUCUGCGCUGAACACCACCGAUCUGCAGAGCUCGUUUCAUGGCAGUUGCGCCAACGACAGUAUUAUAAAUCCCAAUGGCGGAGCCGGCUGCAACAUGGAUUUGUCCACUAGUAGUGCCUCCACGGCCCCGUCAAACAGUGGCUCCGUCAGCAUAGAUCUGAGUGCGCUUGCCGAGCUGAAUGCGUUUGAUGCAACGGACAAGGACUUGCGUAGGGAGCGCUACACUCCGAAUCCGCAGCACAAGAGCGCACCGGUCUCCGUAAAUCGUUCGGAAUCGUACAAGGAGCGCUUGUCCAACAAGAGGAACCGCAACAGUCGCCGCAAGACCUCUGAUCCAAGUUUAUCGUCGCGUCCCAACGAUGAGCAGUUGGACUUGGGCCUUUCGAAUGCCAACUAUGUGGCCAGCUCCAAUUCUAGUCUAUCCUCUUCAGCUGGCGGCAGCGAGAGUCCCAGCACUUCGAUGGAGCACUUUGCUUCUGCGGCCGCCGGUGGAGGAGCCGUGGGCGGCAUCCAGCCCAUGCCGAGUGGCUUAAACCAGAGCCAGCAGCAUCCGCAUCUGCUCAUCCAGCAGCACGCCCAGCAACAUUGUCAGCAGCAGGACACCUUUCAGGCCGGCGUGGCGUCAGCUGGAGUCGGUGGAAGUGGUGCGGUCAGCAACGCGAGCUUCUGGAAUGCGGGACAUCCGUUGCCCAGGCAUGGAAACCUGGACAGCGAGGAUGAGGAUGAUGCCAAUGAGGUGGACUGGAGUUCAAUGGUGGCCGCCGAGAUGCUGGCAGCUCUAACGGAUGCCGAAAAGAAGCGUCAAGAGAUUAUUAAUGAAAUCUAUCAAACCGAACGCAACCAUGUGCGCACCCUGAAGCUGCUGGACCGCCUGUUCUUCCUGCCACUCUACGAGAGUAACCUGUUGUCCCAGGACCAUCUGCUGUUGCUCUUCCCGCCCGCCUUGCUGUCGCUACGCGAGAUACACGGCACCUUUGAGCAGAAGCUGAAGCAGCGGCGCAUCGAGCACAACCAUGUGGUUAACCAUUUGGGCGACCUGCUGACCGACAUGUUUGACGGCCAGUCGGGAAUUGUUUUGUGCGAGUUUGCGGCUCAGUUCUGUGCCCGACAGCAGAUAGCCUUGGAGGCCCUGAAGGAAAAGCGCAAUAAGGACGAGACGCUGCAAAAGUUGUUGAGGAAGUCCGAGUCGCACAAGGCAUGCCGCCGUCUCGAGCUAAAGGAUUUGUUGCCCACCGUGCUGCAGCGCCUCACCAAGUAUCCUUUGCUGUUUGAGAACCUAUACAAGGUGACGGUGCGCGUGCUGCCCGAAAAUACCACCGAAGCGGAGGCCAUUCAGCGAGCCGUGGAAUCCUCGAAGCGGAUCCUCGUGGAGGUCAAUCAGGCGGUGAAGACAGCCGAGGAUGCUCACAAACUACAAAACAUUCAGCGUAAACUAGACAGAUCCUCCUAUGACAAGGAGGAGUUUAAGAAAUUGGACCUGACCCAGCAUCACCUCAUCCACGACGGCAACCUGACGAUCAAGAAGAAUCCCGGUGUCCAGCUCCACGGCUUACUCUUUGAGACUAUGAUUGUUUUGCUGACCAAACAGGAUGAUAAAUAUUAUUUAAAGAAUUUACACACGCCUCUUUCGGUAAAUAAUAAGCCUGUCAGUCCCAUUAUGAGCAUCGAUGCGGAGACCCUGGUUCGACAGGAGGCCGCUGACAAGAAUUCCUUUUUCCUCAUCAAGACAAAGACAUCACAAAUGCUGGAGCUGCGGGCGCCCAGCAGCUCCGAGUGCAAGACUUGGUUUAAGCACAUCUCAGAUGCUGCUGCCCGUCAGUCGAAGAACCGGUCAAAGAAUGCCACGAAUGCCAGCCAUGACACGAGCAGCAUCAGUGACCCAGCGCUCACUAGCAUUCCGCAUUCCAGCACCAAGGAGUCCCUGGAGCUGACCACCGAUUGCCCGCAGCCAAUGGCGGCAACCGCUACGGUGACCACAACGCCUCUGGCACCCAUGCUUCCCAUAGCCACCGUGACUCCAGCGCCAGCAACUAGCUCCAUUUUAGGGGUUCAGCUGAGAAAUAAGGAUGUGGCUGAAGCGGAUUAUGUGAACACACCCAAGUCACAACGCUCCAGCCAGAGUGAUGCAGUUAGCCGCUCCAUGUCCAUCCGCAGCACUGGAGAGCCCGGCAAGUAUUCCACGAAUGGGUCAGAGCCAAACGCCGACGUAACCCUGCGACACUCUCAGUCCGCGAGGGAAUCGGCUAGGCCGGGAUCCAGUGGCGAGGAAAGGAACUCAACCUACGGAAUGGUAGGAGGUCACUCCAAACGCGACAGUGCCAGCAUCGUUUGUUCGAAUAACUCAAACAACACGCGCACCUUGCUAAUGCAGAGUCCCCUCGUGGAUCCCACGGCCAUCCAGAUCAGCAUCAGUCCGGCACACACCGCGGAGCCUGUGCUUACGCCGGGCGAGAAGCUGCGCCGCCUAGAUGCGUCUAUUAGGAACGACUUGCUGGAGAAGCAGAAAAUCAUUUGUGAUAUUUUCCGUUUGCCCGUGGAGCACUAUGACCAGAUUGUGGACAUUGCCAUGAUGCCAGAGGCUCCAAAAGACAGUGCAGAUAUUGCCUUAGCUGCCUAUGAUCAGAUCCAGACCCUGACCAAGAUGCUGAACGAGUAUAUGCAUGUGACGCCGGAGCAGGAGGUCUCUGCGGUGUCCACCAUGGUGUGCGGCCACUGUCACGAGAAGGAGAAGCUGCGCAAGAAGGUGGUACCACCAACAUCGUCGUCGUCGUCGUCACCGCCGCCACCACCUUUGCCGCCUCCAAAUAGGCAGCAUGCCCAGGCUCAGGCCCAAAUACCGCCAUCGAGGCUGAUGCCCAAACUACAAACCCUUGAUCUUGACGAAGUUGCCAUACACGAGGACGAUGACGGUUACUGUGAGAUUGACGAGCUGCGCCUCCCAGCUAUUCCGUCCAAGUCGCAGGAUUCCUCCACAACGACGCCGCUGGCUCCCAUGAAAGAUGAGUCGAAACCUAAACAGUCGGACGAAAGCACGGAUGCUGUUCCUGAUGAACCACUACCUGAGCCGGUAGAGGCGGACAAGAAGCUGGCUGGCGAAGCAGUAGACACUGAGCUGCCAUCUACAAGCGAAGUUGCUACCGAAAAAUCUAGUUUGGAGGCGGAGAAAGCUAAGCCUGAAAUUGCUUCUGAUAAUGAAAGCAUGGCAACUGGAUUACCUGAUGAGCUACCACGUCCAACUACCGAUGAAGCUGCCCAUGAGAAGACGGCUGAGGAGACGGCUACAUCGGUGGAAAGCAAGGAGGACCUCGAGGUAUCCAAGGAAGCCUUGGCGGUGACCCGAGUCGAUGGCUCGACACAGACAGCACCGUCAUUGGAAAUGGAGAAGUUAACUGGAGCAUCUGGCAGCACCUGCGGGCCGAAUCGCAUCCAGCACGCUAGUGUCCUGGAGCCAAGUGUGCCCUGCCAUGCACUCAGCAGCAUUGUUACAGUACUGAACGAGCAGAUUUCCAUGCUUUUGCCAAAAAUUAACGAACGCGAUGUGGAGAGGGAGCGAUUGCGUAAGGAGAAUCAACACCUUCGGGAGCUUUUAAGUGCGCUGCAUGAAAGACAGCGAGUUGAUGAAGUCAAGGAAACUCGGUUCGAUCUUUCGAAACUGAUGCAUGCCGAGGAUGUCGUGUUUGACGAUGAAAUUGACGCCAUUUCCAACAGUUCACUGACGCCCACGCCCACGCCAACGCCCACUCCGCUUCCGUUGGCCACGGCAUCGCCUAGCCCCGCCACCCAGACAGCGGUAGCCAUGAGAGUUAACAGCACUGAGGAUGAGGAAUCAGGAUGUUAGGAAACUUGUUUAAUAUAUAUAUUUCUCCUUUUUUUUUGUGUAUAAAAUACAUAUAUUUGUUCUUGUUUUUCCCCCGCGCACACACACGCAUUUGUCCAAUUGAAUUGGCGGCGUCUGUGCUAUACGAGAGUAGCCUUUCUAAUAGCAUGCCUUUUACUACUGUAGCCUGUAAUGUAGCUACAUUUGUUUUCUUACAAAAAAUAAUUAUGUAUUCCACAAGAGGAGCCGAUAACACGCCCUUGAAUUAAGCCUAACCAUGUCCCCCCUGUCGUAAAACUAAUUAAAUACAUAUAUAUACAUAUGCAUAUUAUCUCGACUUAAAGAAUAUAUGAUAUAUAUCUGCUAAAAUACACACAAUGUUUGAUAC